CUGCACCAGCCCCAAGCACAGACAGCCCAGGAGAAGAUGGACACGGCUCCUGCCCUGCUCCUGCUGCUCACUCUGGGAUGCUGCUGCCCUGGGAUUUAUGGCCAGCCACUUCAAAUAAAGGUCAGUUCUCCCAAGGACAUCACUCAGCUGCGGGUGGGACAGAGGCUGGAGCUGGAGUGCCAGACUUACAAGAGGUAUGGGGCAUCCUGGAUCCGCCAGGACAAGCAUGGGACCCUUCACUUCAUUGUCUUCAUCAGUUCCGUGUCCCGGGCCAGCUUUGGGGAGAAUCAGGGAACAGCACAUCGCUUUGAGACGAGCAAACACAACACGGUCUAUCGCUUGGUAGUGAAAUCUUUCUCACCGGAGGAUGAGGGGACCUAUUUCUGCGUGAUGAGUUUGAACCAAAUGCUGCACUUCAGCCCUGGACAGCGUGCCUUCCUGCCAGUCACCACCACAGUGGCACCCACCACAUGUGGACCCACCUCCAAGCGUGGCACCACUGAGGAGCCCAACCUCAAGAGUCCAGAUCCAGAGGGAAGAAUGCAGAAAGAUCUGAAUUUCCUCUGUCACAUCUUCAUCUGGGUCCCCUUGGCAGGUGCCUGCCUCCUGCUCCUCAUCGCCCUGGUGAUCACCGCCGUGCUGUGCCAACAAACCAGAAGACGAAGAUGCAGGUGUAAGAGACCUGCAAACAGGAAUCCCCCCACGAAACCCAGGACACCAAACUAACACCGAGCAGCAUCUGCUCCUCCUGGCUGCUGGAUCUUCUCCUGGGAGCUGCCAGCACAGAAAUCCAUCUCCUGUGUUAUCCACGAGGCCACUGCACCUCAGCCACCCUGCCCGGGCAGGUUGGAUACCGGGGAGGGAGCAAAGCCACACGAUGAGGAGCAGCAGCUCCCUGUGAGCUGCAGGUGAAGCACAGCUCCUUGCACAGCCCGAGCUCCUUUGGCAAUGCCAGAGGCCACCUCUGCUCCCAGGGACAAGAGCCAGGCCAGUCCUGAUGCUGACACAGCUCAGUGAGAAGCUGGUGAGAAAUAAGGACACGAGCUGGACCUUUGCUCAAGGCUGUGUGCAAUUUCCUCCCAAAAUGCAGCCAGAGGUGGAGUUUGCUACACAAAGCCUUAAAAAUAAUUAUCCUCACUCAACACGUCUUCUUCUUGUGGUGCCUCUCUCCUAGGGCUUUUAUUGUUUCAUGUAAUGGAAUACAAGACUGCAUUGAGAAGCUAAAUAUGGAUUAAUUGCCUUACUUUUGAGGGUUUUACAGUCCUGGGGGCUAAGGUUCACUGCUCCCCUCACACUGUCCUUGUUCUGCUGCUACCCCUGAUCCACCUAUUUCUGCAGGAGUUUGACCUGAGUAAAGAAAGUGGAAUUUGCUUUCUUUCUGAGGGAAAUGCCCGAGUGAUUUUUAAAAAAUUGGUUUGAUUUAGCAGGAUGUUUAACAUGCUGAUAUUUUGGGGACAUGCUAUGGACU